AUGAAGUUUUUCAUUUUGUUAAUUUUUUGGUUGUCAGCCAUAAAAGCUUUGUACAUUCCUCGUUCGUCCGGGUCUUCAUUUAGUUGGUCGGGCUUUUUACCUGGUGUUAGUUGGAUCGGGAUCAAGGAUGCUAGUGACGAUCAAGAAGCAUUUGAAAACUGGGUGCUGAGUCAGUCAAAUAUCUCGUUUAACGGGAUUUUGCAAAAUAUUGGUGGUUUGAGUUCCAUUCUUAGCAGUAGUGAAGUCAGUUAUGGGGUUGUUGUUGCUUCUCCUUCUAAGACCAACCCAGAUUAUUUCUAUCAAUGGACUAGAGAUUCUGCUUUAACUUUAAGAUCGUUGAUCUAUUGGUUGGACGACCAUGGGUUUCCUUCCAAUUCAGAAAUAUCCAAAAUUGUAGAAAGUUACAUUGAGAAUAACUACCACUUACAAAGAUUACCAAAUUUUUCUGGAGAUUUCAAUGAUGUUACCAAGAAAUCUUUGGGGGAACCAAAGUUUCAUACUAACGGUGAAAGUUUUAACCAAAAUUGGGGUCGUCCUCAAAGUGAUGGCCCUGGUUUGAGGAUUUCUACUAUAUUCAACUAUUUUGAAUUAUUAAAUAAGUAUGGGAAAUCAAUAACUAAUGAUUUUUUGAAAAAUGAUGCAAAUAUUUAUUUUAAAAUUAUUAAAUUUGACUUGAUUUAUAUUAUUAAUAAUUGGAAUAUUAACAGUUUUGAUUUAUGGGAAGAAAUCAACUCUAAACAUUUUUUCAAUUCAAUCACUCAAUUAAGAGCUUUAAAAGAUGGUAUCGCUUUAGUUAAAAGAUACGAACCCCAUAAUGAAGAUUUCAUAAAACAAUUAUCUUCAAUUUUUGAUCAAUUGAAAAAUUAUAUCUUAAAUGAUUCCGGUUUUACCAAUCCUUCAAUUCCUUAUCUUGUUGAAACUCCUCCUUUACUAAAUUCCGGUAAAAGAUCAGGGUUAGACGCCGCUACUUUAUUAGGUAGUAUUCAUUCUCAUAAUUUAGAAAAUUCAAUUAGUUAUGAGGAUAUUCCCUUUGAUGUUAAUAAUAAUUAUAUUUUUAAUACAGUUAUUUCAAUGGUUUCCGAUAUGAAAUAUAGAUAUCCAAUCAAUCAUGAUAAAAUUAGAUUUAAACAAAAUAUCGGUGUUGGUUUAGGUAGAUAUCCAGAAGAUGUUUAUGAUGGUUAUGGUUCAAGUGAAGGAAAUCCUUGGUUUAUUUCAACUGCUACUGCUGCAGAAAUCUUCUAUAAAACAAUUUUUAAAUAUAUCAACAAUAAAGAAGAUAUUUUGAUCAAUAACUCAAAUAAAGAAUUUUUCAAAUUGUUUUUCGAUGAUGAAAUGAAUGAAGAUGAAGAUUUUAAAAUCCCCUUUAAUACUCCUGAAUUUAAUCGUUUGAUCAAAAGUUUAUUAAACUACGCUGAUUCCUUCUUGAUCAUUAUUAAAGACCAUGUUGAUUCUCAAAAUGGUGACAUUCUGGAACAAUUUAAUAAAUAUCAUGGUUACAUGCAAGGUGCUAAUAAAUUAACUUGGUCAUUUUCUUCAUUUUAUAACUCUGUUAGAUGGAGAAUUAAAGCAAUUGAUUCUAUAAAUGAUAAUUUAAAUUAA